AUGCGUUUAUUUUUAUUUGGAUUGCUGCUUACUUUGUCAGAAGCUAGAAGACGAUUUUCAUCGGAUAAGAUUUUCGAAAAACUAAACGCUGAGUUUCCUGUCAACACCAUUCUCGCCAAGUACAACACUUCUAUUGAUUAUGUUACAAAUAUCAUCAAAGAAGCACGAAAAACCUCGAUCGGAACUCGUAGCUUCGAAACACUGGCCGAUUCUGCCCAAGCAGUCAUGGCGAUCUUAGUUGGUGUUGGCCCACCACCGCCCCCGUUCCCUUCAUAUGAUGAGAUUCUGGAGAAAUACGUUUGGAACACCUGGGGAAGAUGGAGCUCCUGCUCUGAGACUUGCGGCAUGGGCACUCGCACACGUACUCGGACUUGCAAUCGCUCGACCAGGGUCUGCGAGAAAUUCCUUGAAACCAAGGCCAGCGAGACAAGGCGCUGCCGGGAUCAGCCAUGCUCGUGGUGGACAUCUUGGAAUUCGUGGACUUCUUGUUCCAAGACUUGUGGAGAGGGCAUUUCUGUGAGACGGCGGCAAUGCUCCGGCAGCAACUGUCUUGGAAAAGCGAUGGACAAUCGAAAAUGCUCAAAUGCACCUUGUCACUCAGGCCAACGAAACUCGGACUGGGAAGAGUGGAGUUCUUGCCAGUCGUGCUCCUACGCCGCCAGACAAAUGAGAAAACGAGCUUGUGCGUUCAAGACGCCAACAUGCCCCUCGCCUCCUAUCGAGAGCCGCUCAUGCUUUCAAUCGGCGCAGUGCAAAUCCGCGCGAGCGAUUACUCAGGCGCCAUCUCCAUCUCCGACUCUUCGCACCAAAAGACAGAGAGCGACGACGACUCCGUCAACGUCCGUGCGUAGCAGCGGCUGGUCGGAAUGGUCAACGUGCAACGCCGGCUGCGGACACCUCGGUUUCAGAACUCGAACACGUCCUUGCACGUGGAAGCCAAAGAAUUGCCAUAAAUUCAAGAGCAAAGCAACAGAAAGAUGCUUCAGACUUUACGCAAGAGAAUUGAAAGAAGAAACAAAGUUAAAUUACCGUAAUAACAAAUUCUUCGUUCCAGUUUUCACCGCCAACAGCACAAAGUACUUGCAUACGACCGACAAAUUAAGUUCGGAAAUAAUCAAAGCAAUCGAAGAUGUAAAGAAAGAAUUCGGGAUUGAUCUAGACGUAAAUAUUUUCGAAUCCAAUUGUCAACCGGAUCUUGUCAUCUCAAAGACACUUUCGCUAUGGCAAAACAGGAGCCAAGCACCUCCAGUUGGGCUUGUCGGCUUUUCUUGCGACGCAGAACAUCACACAGUCGCCCAACUAGCCUCCCAGUGGGAGCUCCCUUUGAUCGCACCAGGGAUGCGUCGAAUACUGGGCGAAAAAGACUCGCCUAGGCGAAAGAAAGCAUCGACGACGAUCCGCACAGGUCUCCACAGUGACGUUCUUGCACGUUUUCUGAAGGAUCUCCUUGAUGACCAAAUAUUCAAUGAUACAUACGAUCCAAUUAAUCCCUUCGGAGUAUCGCUCCUUUCGCUUGCCGAGAGUAAGCAUGGAUACCCCAAAUCAUCGGAAAAUGACGGCGAUUGCGGGGCUUACAUGGCGCAGCUCCAUUCCAAAUUGAGCAAGGAAAAGAAAAAGUACAGUCCAGUCUCCAUUAUUGCCGAGAACGAAGAGGAGUUCUGCGACAAGCAGGAUCAAAUCGUUGCGGAGAUCAUGGCGCGCUCGCGAACGGUGAUCUUUUGCAUGGAGCCACACCUGUUCCGGACAGCUUUACAGAAAAUCACAGAAUCGCCACGUUACAAGCUCGAACACGACAAAAAAUGGAACUUUAUCUAUCUGGACUUGUAUCGCCAAGUCAACUGGGACAGUUGUUACUUAUGGUCAGGCAACUCUGAAGAAAAACAACUGUGCCCAGAACCUGCAGCGAAGAAUGCUUACUCGACAAAUAUCUGGACCGAACGAUUAAACGAUACUCUUAAGGCAAAACCAUUUCCAUCAGAAGACCUCUUGACUGGCAUUUGGCAGACAUCUGUCGUCAGUGUUCCGCAACUUGGCUUACCACGUUUAGUGGGUCCUAUAGGCGAGUGCAGAAAUCAACCUCCUGAGUCCUCAUGCGCUGAGAACCCAUUCCAGUACUGGUAUUACGAGGCAAUCUUCAGUCUUGGCGCGGCAAUCAAUCACACUAUCCAACGCGGCGGAGACCCUUAUAAUGGAACUCAUUUGCUUGACUUCUUCAGAAACGGAUCUGUAGAGAUUCGAAAGCAAAUAGGCUGGUUUCCCGAUCAAACGGAGCAAGUCAAAAAGUACUUCAAUGAUCUGAUGGAGCUUGAUGUAACAUUCUCUGUUUCUCAAUUUUUCUCGCCGACGCUUUUAAGUCCUACCAACGCACGUGAGGUUCCGAAGUGUUUCAAAAAUCGUGAUAUAGACAACGAAUGGAUUUUCGAUAGCGAAGAAGGAAAACGGUGCGUUGAGGAAAAAGACUGCGAGAUGACUUGUGGAAUAGCUGUAGUUUCAACGGGAUUUAUUCUUUUUGGAACAGUCAAACUAGCAUCAUACAUUCAGAAGCGUUUCAGAUGCAUCGCGAAUCCGAACGAGCCGCCUUUCGAAGUCAACGAAGAAGUGGAGAAAGAUGUUGAUAGUUUCAUCAACAGACGAAUUACGGACAAAACCGUGGGAACUCCCAUCGGUGGAUAUCUCCGGGCAUCUUUGUUCUCCAUGAACGGGCAAUCAGGCCCUCAGCUACGAAAACGAUACACCGAUUUAGUUGUCUUCAAAGAAACCGUUGUGGCAAUAAAAGAUCUCGGUCCCCAAUUCGCGUUGCUGAGACUUAUGAAACAAGAAAAAGAGGAGCUGCGAAAAAUGAUGGUUUUAAACCACCGUAACGUGGCUGUCUUCCAUGGAUUGCUUUAUGAAAAUGAACACGGCUACUUCUUGCAGGAAUAUGGUGCGCACGGCAGCCUCAAAGACAUCUUGUCAAGCAAAAUUCAGCUGACGUGGGAAAUGAAGAAGUCUCUCGUCAUAGACUUAAUAGAAGGUCUCGCCUACAUUCACAGGUCGCAGCUUCGCUAUCACGGCUUCCUGAACACGACCUCGUGCUUAGUAACUGGAAGACUCGCUGUUAAAGUGGGUAAUUAUGGCGUCCAGCGACUGCGGCAGCAAGCACGGAUUUUUCGAAAAGACGAGGACUACCUCUGUCGAUUACAACUCUGGCAAGCGCCUGAAAUUCUCAACAACCCGUCUGAGACCGACGUCCCGACGUUACAACGCGCCGAUGUUUAUUCUUUUGGAAUAAUCGCACAUGAAGUAAUCUACGGCAAAGGCUGUUUUUGGCUGGGUCCUGAGACGCCCAAUCCAAAUAUCGAAACGCUUGUCGAAAACGUGCGCAACAACUUUCUGGAUGUCAAUGGCAACUCACCACGCCCCUUUAUCCCAAUCGAUCAGAGCGAACACAUUCGACUGUGCAACAUCCAGCCGAGCUCUCCGAAUCAGCUCAAAUCAAGCGUCGACAUGGCAAACAUCAUGGUUGCUUGUUGGUCUCAAAAUCCUAUCCAAAGACCAGAACUCGAGCGACUACGUAAAACAAUGUCUUCGGGACCCAGAAAAGAUAUGGUCGAUGACCUUGCAACACGACUACAGGAUUACACAACGAAACUUGAUCAGAUGGUCGACCAAAAAACGCGAAAAAUUGCUGAAGAAAAAAUGAAAAGCGAGGAACUUUGCUAUAAUCUCUUGCCAAAAAGCGUGGCUGAAGAUUUAUCUGACGGAAAGGGCUACGAACCAGUAGAAUUCAAAGCAGUAACAAUCUACCAGUCUGACAUUCAAGGAUUCACCAAAAUCGGCACUCAGUCGAAGCCUAUUCAAAUUAUGACGAUGUUGCGCCUGAUCUACGAGAUCUUUGAUCGCAUCAUAUCGACGGUGGACGCCUACAAAGUCGAAACGAUCGGCGACGCAUAUGUUGCGGUGUCGGCUCCGCGUCACAAAAACGCGUUCUCAAGCCUGAAUCAGCGGGAAAUCGACAAAUUUCAAAUUCCACACCUUCCACACGAAAAACUCAUGAUCCGAAUAGGCCUUCACAGUGGACCGGUAGUAAGUGGCGUUGUUGGCAACGUCAUGCCAAGGUGGUGUCUAUUUGGCAGAACAAGAGAGCUCACAGAUAUCAUGGAGUCUUGUGGCUCAUCAGACUCGAUUCACGUUUCCGAACAAACAGCCGAGUUUCUACGAAGAGACCCGAAAAUAAACUGGUCGGUUGGACUGCGAGAACGGCCCAGGGAAGACUUUCCUCCUAACAUGGAGAAGAUCGAGGGCGAAAUCGAUCGAACAUUUUGGCUCGUGAAACACGGCAUUCCAAGAACAGGGAGAAAGAGUCAACUCGGCGCAUUCAUGCCCGACACAUAUUCGAGGCUGACGAGGAAUUCCAGCUCGAGUUUAUGUGGCUCGCGGUCAACGAGGAGGUCGUCGGUUCCCCUUUCGAUCCAUUCAACGAAUUCCAUCGGCAGCUUUAUUCAUCCUUAUGUCAGCAAAAGCAGCUCGAGUGAACUCGUCAAAUCAAACAGUACGGCUUCGGUGGGAACCCUUACUGAAGAUUUGGAGCAGAAGUGGAAGAUCGGAAAUUUGAACUCCCAGGGGAGGAGAUCGACGAUUUAUCUUGAGCCGAGUAAAAAGGAACGCACGCGAGAAACUUAUAAUGAGCCUGUUCGAGCGAAUCCACGUAAUUACGGAAGACUCAGCCGCCGAUUCUCCGCGCUUAUGUAA